UGUUUCAGUGACCAGGUCAUCAGAGUUGAGGCGCAGUCGGAGGAACAGAUCAAGCUGCUGCAGAUUCUGGAGUCUGAAGGAAAGUGGAACCUGGACUUCUGGCUCCAUCCGGUCUCCACUGAGCUCCCUGUAGAUGUCAGAGUGCCCCGUUCCCAUCUUAGUGCCGUGAAGGAAUACCUGCAUGCUAAUAGCAUCCCUUUCACUGUCAUGAUUAAAGAUGUCCAGGAGCUUCUAGAUCAGGAGAAAGCCGAGAUGGAGAGGAACCAUAUCAGGGAGCGGAGCACCAUGAGCUUUGACUUUGGAGCCUAUCAUACCCUAGAGACGAUCUACAGCUGGAUGGACACACUGGUGGCUCAGCACCCAAAACUGGUGACUAAGCUGGAAAUCGGCAGAUCCUAUGAGAACAGGCCCAUGUACGUCCUGAAGUUCAGCACUGGAGGCACCAACCGCCCUGCUAUCUGGAUGGACCUGGGCAUUCACUCCAGAGAGUGGGUCUCUCAAGCCACAGGAGUGUGGACAGCCAACAAAAUUGCCACAGAUUAUGGCAGUGAUGCAUCUUUGACCUCUCUUCUGGACACCAUGGAUAUUUACAUGCUUAUCGUGGCCAACCCAGAUGGUUAUGUUUUCAGCCACACUAAGGAUCGGAUGUGGCGUAAGACCCGUUCUAAGAACUCCGGCUAUCAGUGUGUUGGGGUCGAUCCCAACAGGAACUGGGAUGCAGGAUUUGGUGGUCCUGGUGCCAGUAGCUAUCCCUGCUCUGAUUCCUAUCACGGUCCUUCUGCUCACUCUGAGAUCGAGGUGAAAAACAUAGUAAAUCUGAUCCAGAGCCACGGCAACUUCAAGUCCUUCAUCUCUGUGCACGCAUACUCCCAGCUGCUCAUGUACCCUUAUGGCUAUACCUGCAGGAAUGCUCCCGAUCAGGCUGAGUUGGACUCUGUUGCUAGAGCUGCAGUGCAGAAACUCACUUCCCUCUAUGGCACCACCUACAGCGUUGGAAAUAUCUGCAACAUCAUCUAUCAAGCCAGUGGCGGGAGCAUUGACUGGUCCUACGAUAUCGGCAUAAAAUACUCUUUCGCUUUUGAGCUGAGGGACACUGGUAACUAUGGUUUCAUCCUGCCAGCCAAUCAGAUCAUCCCCACUGCCUCUGAGACGUGGUUGGCCCUAAAGCACAUCAUGGAGUAUGUUCGUGACCACCCCUAUUAGUGGCUGAAGGUUGCAUAUUAAAAACAGCUUUUUUCUCAGACAUCCUGGGACCAAUAA